AUGGAUGCAACUGAACAAAUGCAGAUGUUUGUGAAUGGUCUUAAAAUAAAGACCAAACAACUUAUUGAUACCGCAACCGAUGGUUCCACAAAUUUUUCAACAGCCACUGGUAUCAAGAAGAUCAUUGAAGUUAUUGCUGCUAAUGAUCACAUGGAGUUGUAUGAUAGGUGUCAAAGCAAACCAGAAGGGGUUAUAGAUUUAAAGCUGGAAACUAAUAAAAUUCGUAUUGAAGAUACUAUAGUUGCUGAAGUUGAUAAGAAGCUGAAGGAUAUGAAGAUUCUGAUAAAGAAGAAGGAUCGAGGAGUUGUCACUAUCCCAUGUGCUAUUGGAGAUAGGUCGUUCAACAAAGCUCUGAUUGAUCUGGGAGCUAGUGUGAGUCUCAUGUCAUUAUCUAUUUACAAGAAACUUGGUAUAAGGGUUGUGCAAGAUACCAGAAUGACACUCCAAUUCGCCGAUCAUUCGGUAAAGAAACCGUAUGGCAUCGUUGAAGAUGUUUUGGUGAAAAUUGAUAAGUUUGUAUUUUCGGUGGAUUUUGUAAUUCUUGAAAUGCCGGAAGAUGAAGAGAUCCCUCUCAUUUUAGGGAGACCCUUUUUGGAGACGGGAAGGUGCCUGAUAAACAUAGAAGAAGGAACAAUGACACUAAAGGUUUAUGAUGAAGAAUUAAAAAUUGAUCUUCGAAACACCAUGAGGUACAAGGAUGAUAUUUGUACCAGUCAUACUAUAGAGGUUUUGGAUCAGGUGACGACAUAUGAUAACCUUUUUCCUACACCCCAAUCACCUUUGGAAUGA